UUGUCACCGCCACAUUAAAAUCUUCCCGGGGGCUUGCUUAUUUCGAAAUUCAUACAGGCGGACAGGCCUUCGUCCUCCGCUAUUCCGCCCCUUUCAAUAUAUUACAUAGAAACUAGUAAGCUCAUCUACCUACGAGACUGCGACAUAAGCGCUGUUGUUCUGCUGUCCGCUGUCCUAAAUUUCGUUAUCGCGUAGUUCGAAACUUUGAGGAUUCAUGGAAGCCGAGGCCGAAGUCGAGGCGCCUGCCAUCAGAGCCCUGGGUUUUCUUUUCAAGCUCACUGAAGUUUUUUUGUGGACCGACGAUGCUCCCAUAGACGAAACAGAGGUGUCCGCUUCAUUUGUUCGUCAGGGUAAUUUGGCAGAAACUGCUUUUUCGUCUUGCCAAGGUGCUUGUAGUUCUGAGGUUGAAUCUACUGUUAAUGAUUACACUCCCUCAGAGGAUAUGGAACUCAUCAGACAGAUGAAUGAUUUGGGGCUUCCUGUUUCCUUCGGCACAAACAAGGAGAAGAGAGCCACAAUCCCCAAAGGGAAAAGAAAAAGUGCACGCAUGAAGCCUCUGUCUGGUCAUAACAAAAAUGAAAGAGAGCUAGAAGUUUCUAGAAAAAGUGAGGUACUGGCUGUAUCCACUGUAGCUUUGCAUGAUAACACAAACAUUACUUUAUGUGGCACAAGGUUAGAUCAAAGUGAAACGUCAUACUAUGAUAUUGCAGAGGGUAUUGAUGAACAUCAUUAUCCCUCUGGAGAUUCAUCAAGCCUGACUGCCAUAAUUUCCAGUUCGAUUGCUCAGGAGCAAACUUCAGGGGAAUUAUCUGGUGAAACGGCAAACUUGGCAAUGGAUUCUGACACCAUAUCCAGCAGUAUUGUUCCAAAGUAUGAUUCCAAGGUGGGAGUUCAUUCAGUUACUUUAAAUACAGAAGCUUCUCCAGAAAACGUCCCACAAAAUACAGCAUUUGAACUAGAUGAGGAGAUGGACAAAAGACCAGCGGAAUGCAAAAACUCGGAAGGUUCAUUUAUGGCUUACUAUGACAGAGAAGGUGGAAAUCUUUGUGUUGACAUCAGAGCAGAGCAGGUAUUAAUUUCUGAGCCUGCUGUAUCAUCAGACCCCUCUUCUGAUAUGUUUGAUCAUGUCAAACUUAGUUGUAAAAGCUUUGGUAAUUUAGAAGAUUGGACGGUGAUUUGGGAUUCUUUCUAUAUGAGAAACUACUUCUAUAAUAACAAGACACAUGAAUCAACAUGGUACCCACCACCAGGCAUGGAACACUUAGCAUUCUCUGACAGUGCAUCGACCGAAAUGACAGUUAACACAGCUGAAGGGGAAGUUGGUCCUCUGUUUUCUUGUGAUCAUAUCAAAACCUCGACCUUAUGUGGCUCAGAAGAUAAAACUGACCUGCUUGAGAAAGUCGAGAAUGAGGAUAAAUUAUCAAGUCAUCCACUAUGUGAAGUGUCAUAUGAACUGGAGCCUGCUGCUGGCGAUUUUGUGUCCAGCAUGUCUCCACCUACUGUAAGCUGCAGCUCUGGACAUUUAGACGAAUUAGUUGGGUUAGCUAGUUGCUUUGAGACCAAUGGGAACUUUGCCAAAGUUCCCGUUUCUUCAUCAUCAGACCCCCAGAAUCAUAUUUACAGUUUGACCACUGAUCUUACUAAAGCUGUUUCCGAAGAAGCUUGCACUAGCAAUACACAAGUAGUGCAUGUGACUUCCGCAACAGUUGAGUUGGAUAGCCAGCAUAAUCCUGUCAUUGCCAAAAGGAAAAAGAAAGUGAGAAGAUCAAGAUCACAAAGAAAGAUAUUAUCUGACAACAACGAAGGUACAACAGAAGAAUGCCCUGCUGAUGUUAUCAAAUACUGGUGUCAAAGGUACGUCCUCUUCUCUAAAUUUGAUGAUGGUGUAAAAAUGGACAAAGAAGGGUGGUUUUCUGUCACUCCUGAGCUUAUUGCAAGGCAUCAUGCAUCACGCUGUGGUAAUGGUGUCAUAGUUGAUUGUUUCACUGGAGUUGGGGGGAACGCUAUCCAAUUUGCAAAGAGGAGCAAUCAUGUUAUUGCAAUUGAUAUUGACCCUCAAAAGAUUGACUGUGCACAACAUAAUGCAGCUAUCUAUGGAGUUGAUGGUGGGAUAGAUUUUAUACUGGGAGACUAUUUUCAGUUGGCUCCCAAGUUGAAGGCUGAUACAGUAUUCUUGUCACCUCCUUGGGGAGGACCUGAUUAUGCUAGAGUACAGACUUACGACAUCAAGACCAUGCUCAAGCCAUGUGAUGGGCACUUUCUCUUCAAUACUGCGAGAAGAAUUGCUUCCAGAGUUGUCAUGUUCCUCCCAAGAAAUGUGGACCUCAAUCAAUUGGCGGAGCUAUCUCUGUCUGCCCAACCUCCAUGGACAUUAGAGGUUGAGAAGAACUUCUUGAACGGGAGGUUGAAGGCCAUCACUGCCUACUUCAGUAACACUCAGGUGAGAGAGAGCGAGUAUUUCAGUCAUUCAGACAAGUUUAGCGACAAUCUGGAUGGUUUGCGUUAUCUCUAAUCUUCGCUGUUCUUGCGAAGAUCCAGUUGGGAUGCGGAUAGAUUCAGAGUUCCGGAUAACAAGGGUUGUGGGUUCACAAAUCAGACACGCCAAUCUCUUGGCCUAGAUUCCUCCUACCGACGAUCACGAGUGGGGUUUGGGUUUGGCUGAGUGCGAUAUUGCUGCAAUAACGACAGAGCACACAUCCCUCUUUCACAGUCGCUCAAAUAGUAAGAACAAGAUGAGAGCGCAAAACAGAACACAGUCAGUCGGUGCUGCAAUAGAAAUUCCGAUUGUCAGAUUGAGUUGACAUUUCGUCUCCAAAUAUAAUAAAACAUGACAAGUCUCGCACAUUGUUGGGUGGUUAAACAAUCUUGCUUUCCUUUUCUAAAACGCAAUCGAGUAGGACAUGCAUGUGGGUGCCGAGAAAUCUGAGAAAUUUCUUUUUCUUUUCAAAUACGAUAUAGCGUCGUGUAUUUAUCUAUCCACAUGUAUCCAUCAGCAAAAGAAACAAAAUAUAAGAAGGUCCUUCCCUAGCUCAAAUAAGUGACAGAUCAUCUACAUCUGUAUUGAAGGAGACUCCCUGGGCAUCCAAUCCGUUUUUUUCGCUGGACAGUUGUGAGGUCAGGUCAGGUCAGUAGAAAUGCUUCACGAGGUUCUGGCAUCUGCAGGUAAGACAGAAGAUAGUGGRAUGGCAAAGCACUACACUGCCACGUAUUCAGAAGUCAAAAUGAAAAUGGCAGAGCUGCAGAGGAGAACGGAGAGAAGAAAGCGUGCACUUGGCAACAAACUUUGGCUACUUUUGAGGAUAAAAAAAAGUACUCACAGUUGCCCUAACAAAAGGAAAGAAAAGAAGGCGCGGGGGCACUGAAACACUUGUUCUAAAGUUGGUUCCAUUGCCAGUUGCCUAUCCAAAAAAGGAAUAUAAAGAAAGAAAGGUGAAUCCACCUGCGUGGUUACGAGUUACUACUGAGUUCAAAUCUGCGCCCCACAACGUUCGCACAUUUAAGCCGUGUAUUGGAAACAUUUCCUGAUGGUGAUAUCAGAAAUGGAACGUUCAUCAUCGGGAGAUGUUCGGGAUGUGUUGUGAGACGUUGUGGGGGGCAGAUUUGCUCUCGUUAGUCGUUACUACUCACCUCGUUCUAAAAUGUGUGGCGUUAAUUGUCACAGGUGGAGUUCGUGUCCUGUUCUUGAUAUUAUUGGCUUUGCUUGUAGGUUUUUUAAUUUAUAGUCAAUUUCGUCUUAAUGAUGUCGGGGCUAACU